GGGCCGGGGGCGCUCAUGGCGGGCGGGGGAGCCGGGGACCCGGACCGGGGGGCGGCCGCGGCCGCGGUGCCCGAGACCCGGGAGCACCUCUUCAAAGUGCUGGUCAUCGGCGAACUCGGCGUGGGCAAGACCAGCAUUAUCAAGCGCUACGUCCACCAGCUCUUCUCCCAGCACUACCGAGCCACCAUCGGGGUGGAUUUCGCCCUCAAGGUCCUCAACUGGGACAGCAGGACGCUGGUGCGCCUGCAGCUGUGGGACAUCGCGGGACAGGAACGGUUUGGCAACAUGACCCGAGUGUAUUAUAAAGAAGCUGUCGGUGCUUUCGUCGUGUUUGAUGUAUCGAGAGGUUCCACAUUUGAAGCCGUUUUAAAAUGGAAAAGUGAUCUGGAUAGUAAAGUCCAUCUUCCAAAUGGCAGCCCCAUUCCUGCUGUCCUCUUAGCUAACAAAUGUGACCAGAAAAAGGACGGUGGCCAGAAUCCUCCCCAGAUGGACCAGUUCUGCAAAGAACAUGGCUUCAGUGGAUGGUUUGAAACCUCCGCAAAGGAUAACAUAAACAUAGAUGAAGCAGCCCGCUUCCUAGUGGAGAACAUUCUCGCGAACCACCAGAGCUUCCCCAGUGAAGAAAUCGAAGGCAGUAUUAAACUGGAUCCGGAGACCCUGAAAAAGGAAAACAAACCCCAGUGUUGCUGACUUGGCGUCUGCUUCUCUCGUGCGGAUGCAGCCUGACUUGCUUGGAACGAAGUAAUGCCCGAGAAAGGAUCGUGGGUGGCCGCUGGCUGCUCUGUGAGUCUUCCCCGGGCUGCCCGUUAACAGGAGGAUAGCCUGCGAUGAAGGGGCCCGCUGGUGAAGGAGUCCGGCCGGCGAAUCUGCACCUUCGCACGUGAACACCUGGGCCCCUGUGGUUGUUGCCAUCACAUUCAGGAUUAUGUUUAUGUCCUCUUUAACGUCUUUUAAAAUGACACUUCCUCAAGAUUUGUUAAGGCUUACAAGGUGCGGCUUUCAGUGUGAGCACUGGGGUGGUAAUAAAACUUCCCCUGCAGCCUUAGGGUGAUCCCGUGAGUCUGUAUUUUUGUCUCUGUGUUCCAUGCUCACAUUCGAGGGAGGCUUUUGGACUUUUAGCCACAGAAGCUGGAAGUUCCUGUUUAGCCAUCUUUUAUUUUUCUAGUCAAAACUUGGGUACUCAUGUAAAAUUGUUAUCCUUGCAUAUUGUAAUUUAACCAGUCCUAGCUAGUGUGACAUGUGGUUAUUCCUCUUAAACAAUUAAAAUGCCCUUCUUGAUGACUCAGAAGCACUCGCACCACACUGGUACCCUGAUCUAGCUGCUACCAGUUGCAAACAUCAUAAAUGCACAUUUCUUCUUCUCUCUCCCCAGUCUGUCCUCUCCUCUCUUCUUCCUGUGUGUUUGUGUUUAGAACUGAGGGCCUGACUCAUAACUGCUGUCACAGUUCUAACUGGAGCUAGGUUUUCAAGGCUAUAAUAAUAAUGGUUAAGGAGAGAAUUUAUUUCAAAACAUCCAAUUAAAUUGAGAUUCUGUAUGUGCAUUGUGGAAGAAGCUAAGUCAUGUGUGGUUUUAUACAAAGUUUUGAACAUUUAAAGUAUAAUACAUGAGAAACUUAAAGCAGGCUCACAAUAUAUGUUUUGUCAUUUAGCCCAAUUAAGGAAAAGAAUAAAUAUUUUGACUGAAA